UACCAGAUUUCCAGGUUUUCGAUGGUGGUGACCUUGGCCCUAUCGUGCGAGGCGACUUCUGCAAUAGCCCUCUCGUCUUAUACCCCAAGAAACCCACGGCCAGGUUGCGCCGCCCGGUAGACUCAUCCCUGUAGCCUACCCCAAACGAAGACACCCAGUCCCUCGUCAACAACUACGUCAAGCCAUCUAUCCAAUCCGGCACUUGGGCCAUCGAACCGGGGGGAGUGCCUAGCUAGCCAGCCAGGAUGCCAGCUAGCACGGCCUCGCAAAUUGAAUUUGCAACCCUCCCUUCCCUGCAGGCUGCAGCAGCGCCGAGUGACACUGAAGUCACAUCAUACCACCGACCGUCGAAACGCCAAUCUCCAGCACUCCGGUUUGUUUCGUGACAAGAGACCCCCCUGGGAUCCCUUGGAACUGGGGCUGGGGCUGGGGGAGCCCUGUGGCGUGUCCGUGUCUUGGAUCCACCCACCAAGCGCUUCCGAGCGACUGAGCGAGAGGGAGAGAGACAUACAGCGGGACGGUGGACGGUGGUCGUUUUCGGGCUGUCGGGGCAAUCACUCAAUCCCACCUCAGGCCUUCUGCACACUACCUACCUAGCCUACUCCUUCCAAGCCUCCACACACCCAGCACACACGUGCACACUCAUACACUCGUCGUGUUCUCUCGCCUCACGCCUCUCGUCUCUCGUCUUUGAUCAGACCUCUCGAACGGCCGCCACCCCGCCACUAACCACCGUUUGCCAGCUGCUACUCCGGGGCCAGCUACCCAAGACCGCUGCUCGGACAGCCUGCCAUCCUGCGGCGGCGCCAUCCUACAAUUAGCGUACCGCUUGAUCGGAGACGAGAUUACACUGUGUUCGCCUCGCCCGCCCUCUGCCGGCCAGAGCCCGAACAGACUCACUGCGGCUGCCGUCCGGUACGAGGACAUGAGUUGAACCGGCGUGGCGUUUCUUGUACCUCUCUUCUUUUUUCACUCCUCGACCGCGUCGGCAAGGCCAAUCCUAUCCCGCCAUCACUACAGCCGUGGGGACCGUCUCCAUCAGAUCCUCUUACUCCCCCCCCCUUCGCUCCAGCUUCGGCUGUUGGACCGAGACCCCCAACCUGCUUCGUUUCGAGGAGAGCUGUCCAGUCAGUUGAUCCAGUGCGCGAGUGUAUUGCGUUUUGAUUAAGAUCCACCCGGCUGCUUGACAGCUCCUAUGACUUUGGCAAUGAGAUGAACGGGUCAACGCUGACGACGGCCGUUCCGGCUGUCAGGCAGAGCCCGAUCCACCGCUCUCAUUCCUCGCCAGACCUCUUCCUCAAUGCAGCCCCGCUGACAAAGUCCUCGCCGAGUACCAGCUCCCCAAGCGAGGUCGACCGCAGUUUCAGUGAAGCCGCCACCCCCCAGGGUGGCUCCACCGCCUCCGAGCCGGCCGCUCGAACCUUCGAGGUGCCCUCUUUCGACUUCGGCUCAGACGUCGAGACCCAUCUGCCCUUCGAGUCCAAACUGUCCAACCUGCAGGUGGUCAAGCCGGAUGACAGGCCAGUAAGCCCGCGCUGGCCAAGCAAGCUUCUGGAGCCUAUGGCUGUUCCGAAGGCCGCCGCCACGACCAACAAGUCGAGCCGGUCCAAGUCGAUCGCCGACCGCCCUCGCUCAUGGCUGCCCAGCAAGUCAGCAGACGGAACGGACAAGUCCUCGGUGCUGAGGAAGGCGAGGAAGCCGGACGACAAUGAGAGGGCAAAGGAAGAGAAAGAUGCCGCCAGACCGGCCGAAAAGACCGACAAGACCGACAAGACCGAGCCGCCAAGGUUCCUCACGACCAGGGACAGGUCCUCCUCGUUCGCCGACUUCGCCCGCAAGUCCUGGAUCGCUUCCUCCAGGUCGCCCUCGCCCAAGGCAGACGGAGAAAGAAAGGCACCGUCGAGGGGCGAUGAUGCGCCAGUGGAAGCCGAGAACACAAAGAAAGACGCCUCGCUCUUGUCGCCCAACAAGCUCAGCCGGCGCCGCCUCACAGCCGGCAGCCCCAGCGGGAGCGAGAGGAGCAAGUCGUCGGACUCGCUCAGCAGCACCAGCCGAGCCCUGAACAGGGCCAGCGUUUACUUUGGCAAGAUAAAACAGAAGCCACCACAGGACAUCCCGAAAGACGGCACCCACCUGGUGGUGCCCUCCCCGGGGCCCCCGCUCAAGCACGAUGCAGCUUCCCCGGCGGCGUCCCUGGGCACGCCCGAGAAAUUGAACCCGCGACUCUCGUCGCAGACCGCCCUGUCCUCGACCUCGGACACCAGCAGCGGUGGGACAGGCAGCACCGGGUUGACAGAGCCCUCGCAGAUCUCCGAGACCGUGCCACAGAGGCCACAACCACCGCGCGACCCCUUAUGGGCAGCUUUCCGCCGGCUCGACUCGGAGUUCUCCAUCUUCCUGGGCAAGUCGACCACAGCCCAGAGGGUCCUCGUUGCUAGGAACACGCUGAUACCGUUCUUGCGGAACCACGGAAACCACACCUCCAACAAGGACAAUAACCUGCUGUCCCCCGAGGACGUCGACAGGCGGGCGACGAUCUUGCACAAGUGGUGGAACGGCUUGCUCGAACUGCUCGACGGGUCGGCCGUCAAGAACGCUGGCGGCCCCGCACUGAGCUUCGCAGCCAUCCAGGCGAAUAGUUCGGGCACGGCCAUGCAGCCCGUGGCCGGGGUCGACCGGCCAGGGCUGCUCGAGCUCAUAACCCUGAUCAUGAUGCGACCUGAGUGGAGGCUAAGCACCCCUGGCUUCCGGCCCCUCAAGGACCGCUCGCCUCAAGAGGUUGUGCGUGGCCGCGCCGGCACCAAGGACUCGAUUGAUUUCGUUGCCGAGUCUGCCGAGCACAACGUCCGGACCAUGUUCGUCAACAACCUGCUGACCCAGAUGUCAAUCGUGGUCGAGAAAAUGUCCAGCAGGCACGCCCCCGUCUCACUGGUUACUUUCUGCGGCAAGGCGUGUGCAUACGCCUUCUUCUUCAUCCCCGGCAUUGCCGAAGUGCUCGUCCGUCUGUGGGGCCUGACGCCGGACCUGUUGAGACGUGUCGCAGACGAGUUCCGUCUGCCGAGGAGGAGCAAAGGCGAAAGCGAGGACAUUGUAUCUUUGUUUCCCCCGACUUUGCACAAGCUGGGCUGGACCUCCGUCAAGACGAUGACGGACAAUUUGCGGCUGACGACCAAGUUGUCCUUGGUAGCUGCCAAGAUCCCCUGGCAUGGCCCAUGGAUCUCGAGGUGGCGGGGCGGUGAUACCGAUCUCUUUUUCAUCUUCUGCAAGUACUAUUAUAUCCUCGCGGAAGAUUUCAUGCCCAUGGACUUGCCACUGUUUGAAAAGGCACGCGCGCCGGCGUACGCGCUCAUACACGCACAGCUCUUGAGCGUACUGGACACCACCAUUCACCAUCGCCAGGCGGCAUUCGACAAUAUGAUGGCCCCGAACGUGCUGGACUCGGCGAAUGGCGCUGACGCCAUGGCCGCCGCUUUAGCUCAGCUGCCUCCAAGUAACCUCCUCAGGGGCAUGGACGAGAACCGGCUGAUUGUCCUGCUCAAGGACAUGCUGGGAGACAACUCGGUCGGGGGCCUGGAGACCGGCGCCAGGCAGACCUUCGCCACGGCGUUCAUGGGCAUCUUGAAAGCAGCGACAAAGAAGACGCCGGUCUUCAAGCAGGCCCCAGUCCUCGUUCUCGUCGACUUUUUACAAGAAGUCCUGCAGGCAUUCGAUUCAUACGCCGGGUAUACCGAUCCCGGUGUGAAAGGUCGACAAGAGGAGGCUGCUGUCGCCAUGGACCAUAUAGAUUGGAGCUUCUGGCUCGAUGUCUUCCACAAGAUUCUCUUUGAGACCAACAGCACAAUGUCGGAGAUUCGGAUCCUUUCGUUCCUGUACUCGGCGUGGGAUGUUCUCGCCGCUGACCCCGCCAGGAAGGAGAAGCUGUGUAUUGGCUGGUUGCUCUCCGAGGAGGUCUUCGACAAGUUCUUCAACAACUACACACCUAUGGUGCGAGCCUAUUUCAUGCGCCUGCUGUGUUGGAGGAUAUGUCGUGACCAGGGGAGCGCUAAUGAGCUGGAUUUGAAAAUAUUCAUGCUUGUGUCUGAGCGGCUCAAGCAGGCAUGGUCCCACUACCUCUGGCUGAAGCAGGACGCCGAGUCAUCGAGCAGGUUGCUCCCUUCCACAGCCCCAUCCCACCCACAGCCUGGCAAACGGUUCAUGAUCAUCCGCAUGGAAAUGACACCUCCGCAGACUGGCUUGUUGCAGGCCGGUUUCGACACGAUGAAUGGAACCCUGGGCUUUGGGGGCAUUGACUACAGCAGCCCCGGCUCAGGUGACGGCGGCGACAACUCGAACGAGCAGGGUGAGGGCACUUACAAGAAGAGGUGGUCCAUCUUUGGGAAGAUGCUCAGCUUUGCCUCGACUAGUGCUCCCGGAGGCUCUGCGACUGCGAACGCGCCUAGGCGGAACAACUCGGCGGACGAGCUCGAGAUCGCACGGCGUGCAACAUCAUCAGCACGGUCCGGUCCCCCAACUCCUCCCAAGGGUUCGCUGCCUGAAUCCGAUGCAUCUUCGACUGGAUCCAGCCCGGUGUACGAAUCCACGCAGUUUGUCUUCAAGUUUACCCUGGGCGCUCUCCCCUGGAACCCCGCGCCAGACAUGGCGGGCCAUGCCGGCAGCUUAUUGUCGAUGCUCCCCCGCGAGCGGGUGCUGACAAGGCCGCGCCUCCCGGCUCCAGCUCAGGCAAGAGUCAGCGCGCGGGCGGCCUCGACGGGUGGACGGAGCGACAGCCCGCCGCCGCCAGCUGCGGGCAUGCCCCCUCCCCAGAGGAUGUAUUCGGGGACCUCUCAGGGGGGGCUGAUCAGCGAGGCCCGCAACGCUGCGACGCUUGAUGCCGAAGACGAAGCAUCGGAACACAAUGACAGCAGCAGCGCAUCCGCUGCCCCACACCUGCCCCCGAUCGAGCGGGUGACGAGCGUCGAAUCCGACCACGACAGUUCAACGGAGAGCGCAGGGUCCGACGAGAACAAUCGUCUCGGGAUCCCACGGGGCAGAUCUGAGGCCGAACGACAGCUGGUACAGCCUGUAGAACCCACUGGAUUUUGGCGCCAGCGAGCCACGUACACGGGACGGGCGCUGGCAGAGUGGGGUAUCGUCGUGAACGAGUGCAACUCGUUCGUGGAGAGGCGCCGCGACGAGGGCGUGUGCGGGCUGCAAGAGGUCGAGGUGCCCAGCCUGGGGGUUGAAAACCUACGACGCAUGGGUUAGAAGCCCUCUGCGCACGGCGACUCUCGAGCUCCCAGGUCCUCGUGGCGGACGACUGAGGAGACCGACUACAAGAAUCUCCGGGGCUGGAUCGCGAAGAAACGGUUCAUAAGCAUCCAUCUUCGGCAUACUGAGAAAGCGGACCGUAAGUGGGCUUGGCAAGGCUUGCCGCGGCCUGGGGCCAGAAGGGGCGACGGGUGACCAUUGCGCCUGCAGCGUUGACUUUGCAUUGCAUGCGCAUUGGAUCCUUCCUGACCCAUAGAAAGCAUUCACGGUGGGCUGUGGUGUGAAGCAUAAGCCGGAUGUUGUCCUGCGACAUGGAUUUUUUGCAUUUGCCCCUCCUUCCGAGAACAAACAUCGCAUUGGUUUUUUCCCCCGGGGAGAUGUCAUUCCUAUUGAGAAGGAGUGUCUCCCCUCCUGCAUUGUCUGGCGUUCCACGGGUUUGGUUUAUGGGGAGUUCACGAACACGGCAUUUUAGAACGGACCGGGGCGGGUUGGUGGAGGUUCUUCUCUUUCAUUGCUCAGCGAGGUCCUGCAAUUGACAUUUGCAUGUCUUUGGAAGACUGCGGGUCUCAAUCUCACUGCAAAGGAAUUCGUGUAGUCAAUAAGCGUCUGUACUAAACAGACGUUCCGUGCACAAGAGCACAAUCCGAACUCCAGUCAAACCGAGGACUACGUGGCACUGGUACUUGCCUGUACCUACGCGCUGCUUGAGGUAUCAUGGAUAUUGCUUUUGACCUCUCCUCAAUCCGCACAUUUUGGUCGGGGUGAGGCUGUGACGCGGUGGCAGCGAGGGUAAGUGAAAGUACAAUGACAGCCAUAACAAGUAGCUCUCAAAGUCGCGUGGAGGAGGCAGAGAGGACCCAAGCAGUCGCUGUCAUGAGCCAUGGGAAGGGGCCUUUAUCCUCUGGCUGGCCACGGAUUUGCCCGCGAACAUGCCACCUGGACAUUCUGGCCGGGUGUCUUGCUCGAGCACCAAGUGUUGUGUACAGCAGGCCAACGGCGGUGAGUGCCGAGGUCUCGGCCUGAUAAUUCGGCCACCGCGGGCUGCCAGGAGUACCAUCGUGGCCCAGCAUCCGCACAUGCACGAAUACUGCUACCUUGCCCGAUACCCACUCGGCAAGGAAGAGCAGGGCGGCUGACCCGGCAAGUCAGUCGUCGACCCAAACACUCACGGAUCCUGAAAUUGUGACUCCCAAGGCCGUUAUGGUGCACGGAAACUACCUGGGUGUACUCAUAUGAGAUCGAGGACACACGCUCGGCACAGCUGCAGGAAACCAAAGAGACAUUAGGCAAGGCACACACCCCUUUGUGCUUGAGCGGCAAGGCGGUAGUUGUUGCCCACGCCGGUUAGAGGGUGAAGGGGGCGUGGUUAUCGAAGAAGCACAGCCCCGAGCCCGCUCAUCCUCAGUGCGCCGUUGUGGACUAGAGGGCCCGAGGACAGGGCGGGGCAGGCAAUCCGCUGCUGCCGCCCCCAACCCCUCGAGCCGGACCACUCCACAAGCAAACCAGUCGGCCGGCCGGGGAAUAAGUAGAGUGCUGACCUCGGCGUAGGCAGUAGGGUGCUGACCUCAGGAUGCGCAGGAGGGUGCUGACCUCAGGAUGAGCAGGAGGGUGCUGACCUCGGGAUCCUCAGGAUGAGCAGUAAGGUGCUGACCCGGCGCACCGCCCUGGCUCCGGAGCAGCUGUCCGUCCGUCUGUCCGUCUGCCUGCCUGCCUGCCUGUCUAUUCUAGAACUAGCAAGGCCUGUCGCUGGCGUGGAGGACCGUGUGAGCUCGCCUGCCUUGUUGUUGCGCCGGAGUCGGCCACUUCCCGGGGGGCCGGCGGUGCAGUAGCCGAGGCCCUGCUCUUCGGUGCGCGUGCGGGUGGCCCGGCGUCGAGGCCCGGGCGGGAAGCCGUAACCCCGUCCGUGCUAGGCGGGUUGGGGUCGGUGGAGCUUGAGCCAUGCCUGUUGAGAUGAAACCCCGAUAGGUCGCAACCGAGGCACAAUCAGAUCAAGUGAUUGUAGAUGGUAGAUGGAUAAUACACGACAGACAUCACGGCGCGCGGCAGCGUGGCAGCUGGAAUAAAAGAGAGGGAGGCCGGCUGGCCGGAUCCACAACCGGCUGGCACACGACGGUGCAGCGGUGCAGGAAGUAGGGACAAGGACGAGGGCGAGGACGAGGAUUGAAGCCAGCGUUGGCAGGUAUGACCAGAUUCUGUUGAUCAACAUCAGACAUUGCCUGUUUCGCGGCUGGGGCACUUCUGCUUUGGGAGCCACGAGGUGGUUGAUGUGGACACGGAAUAUUGCGAGUUGCACGCACGGAGAUGAGAAGCACGAGGCUUGCUGGAUCCUGGGGGGCGCGGAUAUCAACUCCUCCCCCCCCCCCACUUGUGUGGCGACGACAAAGAGAGCACCGGCCAGCGGCCAGCGGCCAGAGCCCAAAAGAGAUGGUGCGAUUCUGGCGCGGCCUUGGGCCAUCGCAAUGGUCUAGCAUGCUAUUAGUAGGGAUAUCAACUAGGAGAUUUAUUGGUCUUCAUUUCGUCGAUCAGAUCGCGGGGCGUCGUCAUGUCCCCAGAGUCUGUGCAUAUGUACAUUUGCCUGUACUGAGUAGGUUGGUUACGUUGUUACCUAGGUAGCCAGCCCAGGUGACCGCGCAGCCGGGCCCGGUCCAGGGCCUGUCGCCGCCAGCACCCGCCCAAUCGUUGCAAAGGAAGCCUUUUGAGACGUCGACGUUGAUGGCCGGGCGGCCGGGCGGCUGGGACGG